AUGAUUCACCUUCACCGGAGAUUCUUCUCCGCCGCCACUCUCCGCCACCUCACGUUUCAACUCAGAUCGUUUCACAAUCAGUUAAUCUCUCCGCCAACUGUUAAUUCAUCCAACGCCGCCGCCGCCGUUCAAAGCCGUAACCGUUUUCCGUUUCGUUACUUCGGUGUUAUCAACAAUGCUAAUAUAUUGAACUCCGUCACAUCCGUUAACGGUUUCAGUAUUCCAUUUCCGGUUAAUCGCGUUGGAAGAAGCUCGUCGUUCUCGUCCUCCGCUGGACCGGAGAAGAAUAAACGGAAGAAAAUUGUAAAAGCUGCUGUUGCUGUUCGUGAUAAACCUGCUGCUAGUUCUAGUAAACCGGUUGCUGAAGAAAUUGUGAAUGCGGAUUUAGGAAAAACUGGUUUGAGUGAUGAGUCCAAGAGUGAUAAACAGGAUUCUAAAAUUAAUGCUGCUAAGAAGAAGAAGAAGCCGUUGCCGAGUAAGAAGAAAGAUGUUAACAUUUCUGCUGCGACUGAUGAAGAAGUUUCUAGAAAAUCAUCUUCAAAAGGGAAGAAGACUAAUUUAAAGGCUAGCACUUCAAAAGAAGUACAUGAUGAUUCUACUUCUACAAGGUCAAAGAAGAAGGAUGUAAACUCUAGCCAUGUUGAUCCGGAGAAGCCGCCGUGGAAAUUUACGGGAAAACCACUGUAUCCACCCGUGGGAAAGUCUGUGGUUGUUGUGGAGUCUGUAACGAAGGCAAAUGUUAUUCAGAGAUACCUUGGUGAUAUGUAUAAAGUCUUGCCGAGCUAUGGUCAUGUAAGAGACUUGGCUGCAAGGUCUGGAUCUGUGCGACCCGACGAUGAUUUUAGUAUGGUUUGGGAAGUUCCGCCAUCUGCCUGGACUCACCUAAAGAGCAUCAAUGUUGCAUUGAAUGGAGCAGAAAAUCUUAUUCUUGCAUCUGAUCCUGAUCGCGAGGGAGAGACUAUAGCCUGGCACAUAAUUGAGAUGUUACAACAACAGGGAGCUCUGCACGAUAAUAUCUUUCUGGCAAGAGUUGUCUUUCAUGAAAUAACCGAGAAGGCUAUAAAAACUGCUUUGCAAGCACCACGGGAAAUUGAUGUGAAUUUGGUUCAUGCAUACCUUGCACGGAGGGCCCUUGAUUAUUUGAUUGGGUUUAACAUUUCACCAUUACUAUGGAGGAAGUUACCGGGUUGUCAAUCAGCAGGAAGAGUUCAAUCUGCUGCACUUUCUCUUGUAUGUGAUAGGGAAAUGGAAAUUGAUCAAUGUAAACCCAAGGAGUAUUGGACUAUGGAAGCCAAGUUUAACAUUAAAGAGCAGAGAUUAAACAAGGACUUAACAUUUCUUGCUCACCUGACUAGUUUUGAUUCUAACAAGUUGAAUCAAUUUUCGAUUACUUCUGAUGGGGAGGCAAGUGAUAUUAAGGGCAAAAUAAACUCUGCAGACUUUCGGGUUAUUGGCAUGAAAAGACACAAAGUUAAAAGAAAUCCUCCAACACCUUAUAUAUCAUCAACACUUCAGCAAGAUGCUGCAAACAAAUUGAAUUUCUCAGCAAGUCACACAAUGAAGCUUGCUCAGAAACUCUACGAGGGAGUUGAACUGCCUAGUGGUGAAACAGUGGGUUUGAUAACAUUCGUCAGAACUGAUGGACUCCAUAUUUCUGAUGAAGCUGUUGCCAGUAUUCGCUCCCUUAUCAUUGAAAGGUAUGGACAAAAUUUUGUUGCACAAAGUCCACCAAAGUAUUUUAAAAAGGUGAAAAAUGCACAAGAAGCCCAUGAAGUUAUUAGACCGACUGACAUAUGCAAGUCACCAUCAAUGCUGGUUGGGGUACUAGAUGAAGAAUCCUUAAAGCUAUACACACUUAUUUGGUCAAGAACAGUUACAAGUCAGAUGGAACCGGCUAUUCUUGAGAAGAUACAACUUGAUAUUGGAAAUGCUGAUCGGUCUAUUAUGUUACGGUCUCCUAGCUCAAGGGUCGAGUUUCCUGGACACCGGGCAGUUUUUACGGACAUUGUCACUGAAGCUGGACAAGAUAAAGAUAGUGAUGGAUCCAAUCAUGAUGUAGCUUUUGAGGUUUUAAAUUCCUUAAAGACAGGGGAUCUGUUACAUCUUGUUCAAACUGAGGCGUCUCAGCACCAUACACAACCGCCACCACGUUACACCGAAGCAUCAUUGAUUGAGAAGCUUGAAGAGCUUGGGAUUGGAAGACCUUCAACAUAUGCAAGCACGGUAAAAGUAUUACAGGAUAGAAACUACGUGACAGUGAAAAAUCAUGUUCUCUUUCCAGAAUUUCGUGGUCGCAUGGUUUCAGCUUUUCUGUCGCAUUAUUUUUCAGAGGUCACAGACUACAGUUUCACUGCUGAUAUGGAAACUGAGCUUGAUAAUGUUUCUGCUGGAAUAACCAAAUGGAAAGGCCUCCUUGGAGAUUAUUGGACUCGGUUUAUAUCAUAUUGUGAGCGUAUUUCUAAUGUUCAUACUCACCAGGUUGAGAAGAUGUUAGAAAAAAAAUUUGUGGAUUAUUUAUUUGGUUCUCUCCCAGAUGAGAGUCGGUCGUGUCCAAGUUGUAUGGAAGGCACACUGAUAUUUAGAGUAAGUAGAUUUGGUAGCGGCUACUUUAUAGGUUGUGAUCAACAUCCGAGGUGCAAGUACAUUGCUAAAACAUUAUAUGCCGAUGAGGAGGAGGAAGAUACACCGGAGCCUAACACUGUGAUAGAGGAACCAAAACUCCUAGGUUUUUAUAGUGGUUCAAAUGAAAAGAUUCUUUUGAAAAGUGGUCCUUAUGGAAUCUAUGUUCAGCUCGGAGAAGACAGAAAGGGAUACAUACCUAAAAGAGCCUCGGUUCCUCAUGUAAAGGAUUUGGACUCUGUGACACUUGAAGAUGCACUUACGUUGCUACAAUAUCCAUUGACAUUGGGUAAGCAUCCUAAGGAUGAACGACCUAUCAUAUUAAAGGUUGCAAAGGCUGGUUAUUCUAUUAGACAUCGACACAAAAUUGCUCCCGUUCCCAAGAAUAUGAAGCCAAGUGAAAUUACCUUGGAAAAGGCACUUAAACUUUUAUCAGGUAGAGAUGUGAGACAAGUUGGUCGGCCUAAAGGCAAAUCGAAAAUUGAAGAAGUUGAAGCUAUUGAAGUUUUCUAA